CUGAAGCCCCAUCUCCUAGCGGCAGCCCAGGCGCAGAGGGAGUGAGUCCGCUCCGAGGAGGAAGAGGAUGGCAGGGCCACGCCCCAGCCCAUGGGCCAGGCUGCUACUGGCAGCCUUGAUCAGCGUCAGCCUCUCUGGGACCCUGGCAAACCGCUGCAAGAAGGCCCCAGUGAAGAGCUGCACGGAGUGUGUCCGUGUGGAUAAGGACUGCGCCUACUGCACGGACGAGAUGUUCAGGGACCGGCGCUGCAACACCCAGGCAGAGCUGCUGGCCGCAGGCUGUCAGCGCGAGAGCAUCGUGGUCAUGGAGAGCAGCUUCCAGAUUACAGAGGAGACCCAGAUUGACACCACCCUGCGGCGCAGCCAGAUGUCCCCCCAGGGCCUGCGGGUCCGGCUGCGGCCCGGUGAGGAGCGGCACUUUGAGCUGGAGGUGUUUGAGCCCCGGGAGAGCCCCGUGGACCUGUACAUCCUCAUGGACUUCUCCAACUCCAUGUCCGAUGAUCUGGACAACCUCAAGAAGAUGGGGCAAAACCUGGCUCAGGUCCUGAGCCAGCUCACCAGUGACUACACUAUUGGAUUUGGCAAGUUUGUGGACAAAGUCAGCGUCCCGCAGACAGACAUGAGGCCUGAGAAGCUGAAGGAGCCCUGGCCCAACAGUGACCCCCCCUUCUCCUUCAAGAACGUCAUCAGCCUGACAGAAGAUGUGGAUGAGUUCCGGAAUAAACUGCAGGGAGAGAGGAUCUCAGGCAACCUGGAUGCUCCUGAGGGCGGCUUCGAUGCCAUCCUGCAGACGGCCGUGUGCACGAGGGACAUUGGCUGGCGCCCGGACAGCACCCACCUGCUGGUCUUCUCCACCGAGUCGGCCUUCCACUAUGAGGCUGACGGUGCCAAUGUGCUGGCUGGCAUCAUGAACCGCAACGAUGAACGGUGCCACCUGGACGCCACGGGCACCUACACCCAGUACAGGACACAGGACUACCCGUCGGUGCCCACCCUGGUGCGCCUGCUCGCCAAGCACAACAUCAUCCCCAUCUUUGCUGUCACCAACUACUCCUACAGCUACUACGAGAAGCUUCACACCUAUUUCCCUGUCUCCUCGCUGGGGGUGCUGCAGGAGGACUCGUCCAACAUCGUGGAGCUGCUGGAGGAGGCCUUCAAUCGAAUCCGCUCCAACCUGGACAUCCGGGCCCUAGACAGCCCCCGAGGCUUUCGGACAGAGGUCACCUCCAAGAUGUUCCCGAAGAUGAAGACUGGGUCCUUUCAGAUCCAGCGGGGGGAAGUGGGCAUAUACCAGGUGCAGCUGCGGGCCAUCGAGCACGUGGAUGGGACGCACGUGUGCCAGCUGCCGAAGGAGGACCAGAAGGGCAACAUCCAUCUGAAACCUUCCUUCUCCGACGGCCUCAAGAUGGACGCGGACAUCAUCUGUGAUGUGUGCCCCUGCGAGCUGCAAAAAGAGGUGCGGUCAGCUCGCUGCAACUUCAAUGGAGACUUCAUGUGUGGACAGUGUGUGUGCAGUGAGGGCUGGAGUGGCCAGACCUGCAACUGCUCCACCGGCUCUCUGAGUGACAUUCAGCCCUGCCUGCGGGAAGGUGAGGACAAGCCAUGCUCGGGCCGUGGGGAGUGCCAGUGCGGGCACUGUGUGUGCUACGGCGAGGGCCGCUACGCGGGUCAGUUCUGCGAGUAUGACAACUUCCAGUGUCCCCGCACUUCCGGGUUCCUCUGCAAUGACCGAGGACGCUGCUCCAUGGGCCAGUGUGUGUGUGAGCCUGGUUGGACAGGCCCAAGCUGUGACUGUCCCCUCAGCAAUGCCACCUGCAUCGACAGCAAUGGGGGCAUCUGUAAUGGACGUGGCCACUGUGAGUGUGGCCGCUGCCACUGCCACCAGCAGUCGCUUUACACGGACACCAUCUGCGAGAUCAACUACUCAGCGAUCCACCCGGGCCUCUGCGAGGACCUACGCUCCUGCGUGCAGUGCCAGGCAUGGGGCACCGGGGAGAAGAAGGGGCGCACGUGUGAGGAAUGCAACUUCAAGGUCAAGAUGGUGGACGAGCUUAAGAGAGCCGAGGAGGUGGUGGUGCGCUGCUCCUUCCGGGACGAGGACGAUGACUGCACCUACAGCUACACCAUGGAAGGCGACGGCGCCCCUGGGCCCAACAGCACCGUCCUGGUGCACAAGAAGAAGGACUGCCCUCCCAGCUCCUUCUGGUGGCUCAUCCCCCUGCUCCUCCUCCUCCUGCCGCUCCUGGCCCUGCUGCUGCUGCUCUGCUGGAAGUACUGCGCCUGUUGCAAGGCCUGCCUGGCACUUCUCCCUUGCUGCAACCGAGGUCACAUGGUGGGCUUUAAGGAAGACCACUACAUGCUGCGGGAGAACCUGAUGGCCUCAGACCACCUGGACACGCCCAUGCUGCGCAGCGGGAACCUCAAGGGCCGUGACGUGGUCCGCUGGAAGGUCACCAACAACGUGCAGCGGCCUGGCUUUGCCACUCAUGCUGCCAGCAUCAACCCCACAGAACUGGUGCCCUACGGGCUGUCCUUGCGCCUGGCCCGCCUUUGCACCGAGAACCUGCUAAAGCCUGACACUCGGGAGUGUGCCCAGCUGCGCCAGGAGGUGGAGGAGAACCUGAACGAAGUCUACAGGCAGAUCUCCGGUGGACACAAGCUCCAGCAGACCAAGUUCCGGCAGCAGCCCAAUGCUGGGAAAAAGCAAGACCACACCAUUGUGGACACAGUGCUGAUGGCGCCCCGCUCGGCCAAGCCGGCCCUGCUGAAGCUUACAGAGAAGCAGGUGGAACAGAGGGCCUUCCAUGACCUCAAGGUGGCCCCUGGCUACUACACCCUCACUGCAGACCAGGUCCACUCCCAGGACUACAUCCCUGUGGAGGGUGAGCUGCUGUUCCAGCCUGGAGAGGCCUGGAAAGAGCUGCAGGUGAAGCUCCUGGAGCUGCAAGAGGUCGACUCCCUUCUGCGGGGCCGCCAGAUCCGCCGUUUCCACGUACAGCUCAGCAACCCUAAGUUUGGGGCCCACCUGGGCCAGCCCCACUCCACCACCGUCAUCAUCAGGGACCCAGAUGAGCUGGACCGGAGCCUCACGCGUCAGAUGGUGUCAUCACAGCCACCCCCUCACGGUGACCUGGGCGCCCCGCAGAACCCCAACGCUAAGGCCGCUGGGUCCAGGAAGAUCCAUUUCAACUGGCUGCCCCCUUCUGGCAAGCCAAUGGGGUACAGGGUAAAGUACUGGAUUCAGGGUGACUCCGAGUCCGAAGCCCACCUACUCGACAGCAAGGUGCCCUCAGUGGAGCUCACCAACCUGUACCCAUAUUGCGACUAUGAGAUGAAGGUGUGCGCCUACGGGGCUCAGGGCGAGGGACCCUACAGCUCCCUGGUGUCCUGCCGCACCCACCAGGAAGUGCCCAGCGAGCCAGGGCGUCUGGCCUUCAAUGUCGUCUCCUCCACGGUGACCCAGCUGAGCUGGGCCGAGCCGGCUGAGACCAACGGUGAGAUCACAGCCUAUGAGGUCUGCUAUGGCCUGGUCAACGACGACAACCGACCUAUCGGGCCCAUGAAGAAGGUGCUGGUUGACAAUCCUAAGAACCGGAUGCUGCUCAUUGAGAACCUUCGGGAGUCCCAGCCCUACCGCUACACGGUGAAGGCGCGCAACGGGGCCGGCUGGGGGCCCGAGCGGGAGGCCAUCAUCAACCUGGCCACCCAACCCAAGCGGCCCAUGUCCAUCCCCAUCAUCCCUGACAUCCCCAUCGUGGACGCCCAGAGCGGGGAGGACUACGACAGCUUCCUUAUGUACAGCGAUGAUGUUCUACGCUCUCCAUCUGGCAGCCAGAGGCCCAGCGUCUCCGAUGACACCGGCUGCGGCUGGAAGUUCGAGCCCCUGCUGGGGGAGGAGCUGGACCUGCGGCGUGUCACGUGGCGGCUGCCCCCGGAGCUCAUCCCGCGCCUGUCGGCCAGCAGCGGGCGCUCCUCCGACGCCGAGGCGCCCCACGGGCCCCCGGAGGACGGCGGCGCGGGCGGGAAGGGGGGCAGCCUGCCCCGCAGUGCGACACCCGGGCCCCCCGGAGAGCACCUGGUGAAUGGCCGGAUGGACUUUGCCUUCCCCGGCAGCACCAACUCCCUGCACAGGAUGAACACGACCGGCGCCGCUGCCUAUGGCACCCACCUGAGCCCCCACGUGCCCCACCGUGGACUAAGCACAUCCUCCACCCUCACACGGGACUACCACUCGCUGACCCGCUCGGAACACUCACACUCGACCACACUGCCCAGGGACUACUCCACCCUCACCUCCGUCUCCUCCCACGACUCUCGCCUGACCGCUGGUGUGCCCGACACGCCCACCCGCCUGGUGUUCUCUGCCCUGGGACCCACAUCUCUCAGAGUGAGCUGGCAGGAGCCGCGGUGCGAGCGGCCGCUGCAGGGCUACAGCGUGGAGUACCAGCUGCUGAACGGCGGCGAGCUACAUCGGCUCAACAUCCCCAACCCUGCCCAGACCUCGGUGGUGGUGGAAGACCUCCUGCCCAACCACUCCUAUGUGUUCCGCGUGCGGGCCCAGAGCCAGGAAGGCUGGGGCCGAGAGCGUGAGGGCGUCAUCACCAUCGAAUCCCAGGUGCACCCGCAGAGCCCACUCUGUCCCCUGCCAGGCUCCGCCUUCACUUUGAGCACUCCCAGCGCCCCAGGCCCGCUGGUGUUCACUGCCCUGAGCCCAGACUCGCUGCAGUUGAGCUGGGAGCGGCCACGGAGGCCCAAUGGGGAUAUCGUCGGCUACCUGGUGACCUGUGAGAUGGCCCAAGGAGGAGGGCCAGCCACUACAUUCCGGGUGGAUGGCGACAGCCCCGAGAGCCGGCUGACCGUGCCAGGCCUCAGCGAGAACGUGCCCUACAAGUUCAAGGUGCAGGCCAGGACCACUGAGGGCUUUGGGCCAGAGCGCGAGGGCAUCAUCACCAUAGAGUCCCAGGAUGGAGGCCCCUUCCCACAGCUGGGCAGCCAUGCCGGGCUCUUCCAGCACCCGCUGCAAAGUGAGUACAGCAGCAUCACCACCACUCACACCAGCGCCACCGAGCCCUUCCUAGUGGAUGGGCUGACCCUGGGGGCCCAGCACCUGGAGGCAGGCGGCUCCCUCACCCGGCAUGUGACCCAGGAGUUUGUGAGCCGGACGCUGACCACCAGCGGAACCCUCAGCACCCAGGUGGACCAACAGUUCUUCCAAACCUGAUCCCACCCUGCCCUACCCCCGCCAUGUCCCACUAGGCGUCCUUCCAACUCCUCUCCCAGAGCCUCCUCCGCUACUCCAUUAUUGCACCCCUGGCCGCCCAGCCCACCCACAAGCACAGAGCAGGGGCUAGGUGUCUCCUGGGAGGCAUGAAGGGGGCAAGGACCCCCUCUCUGGGCCCAAACCUAUUUGUAACCAAAGAGCUGGGAGCAGCACAAGGACCCAGCCUUUGUUCUGCACUUAAUAAACAGUUUUGCUACUGCUA